UCAGAUCGUCUCGGGGGAUACACCAUGGAAAGAGAAGGCACAGCCACAAAUCAUCAUUGCGCUGUCGAAUAAAGUUGUGCACGCGCGUCCCGACAACAUUAUUGACGAUCACUGGAACUUGAUUCAAAAAUGCUGGUCUUGGAACCCAGCUGAUCGGCCGGAGGCAACUGAAGUCAUUGGAUGCCUUGCACCGAAAAUCGCCCCCAUUUUGAGGAGGGUUGAAAUGCCUGAAAGCACUAUCCGGACCAUACCUCCUGAAAUAGCUCGAAGUACUAUUCUCCCUCCUAAAGUGGCUGCAGGGACCGAGCAUGGCACCACUUCAAUGAGUUCCGAUUUCACCAGACUACAUAGCACUAUCCGUACCAUAACUCCUGAAAUAGCUGAAAGUACUAUCCUCCCUCCUACAAUGGCUACAAGGAUCAAGCGUGACACCACUUCAACGAGUUCCAAUACUCCUGUACUACUACCGGAUUACUCUCCUGGCAGGCUACGUCCACUGCCAAUGUCUGCCAAAAAUAUUGUCAUUUUUGGAGAAAGUGGCGUCGGGAAAAGCUCCAUCAUCAACCUCCUCGCAGGGCAACAGGUUGUUAGGACCUCUGUGGACGUCAAACAUGGUACAUUGCGCUACGAAGCGUAUAAUGUCAACAUCGAGGCCAUGCCAUACCGCAUCUAUGAAACUGCAGGUGUCGACGGCAAUCGCAUGGAUCCUGGCGGAUUUCGCGAUGCGGUCACCAAUGCUGACAACUUGAAGAAGGAGCUGAAGGUUAACGGAGGAAUCCAUUUGCUGCUGUACUGCAUCAAGGCAGACAGGAUACCACUGACGUUCGUCACCAACUACAGGCCAUUCUAUGAAUUUUUAUUCGAAGAGAAGGUACCAGUUGCACUCAUCGUUACUCACAUGGAGAGGGAGGAUCCCAUGGAUGAUUGGUACACGCGAAACAAGGGAUCGUUUGACCGCCAUGCAGUCAACUGUGUUGAUCAUGCUUGUAUCACCGCGGCGGCCAACCUAGAUCCAAAAUACAAGAAGAAGUACGACGCAUCCAAAAAGGAAGUGAGUGACUUGAUUAUACGGAAUAAGGAUACGGUAGUGGACUGGAAUGGAGGAGAUGGAUGGCUUGCCCGGUUCAUUGGAAAGUUGAAAGACAUCUCAACGGGACGUCCAAGCAAGUCAGACGUUCUUGGGGUCCUCAUGAAGCGCGGCGGGUUGGAGGAUAACCUAGCAAAAGACGUGAUUCAAAAACUUAGUAGGUGACGCAAGUCUACUCGUUACGAUUGAUUAUCACCUUGUAAUACGACUGUAGGUAGUACUUGGUUCAAUUCUUCUUCUUACGAUG